GGUCAAAAGGGUAGCGUCCGUUGCGAGGAGGCGAGACGCUAUCUCGUUGGUACCGUAUAAAUGGCAUUCCUAGCAAUGUGAGUCACUCCUCCUCCGUAACUUGGAGUUCGCUAGCUGCUUUGAACGGAUCAGUAAGUCUGACUCUAGGAUGACCAGUUUGAUGAAAUCUUUGUAAUGGAUGCUGAAGGUUCAAGUUUAUGACCACCCCCAUCGAAAUCUAGCACCAUGGAGGAAUGAUGAAGCUGUCCCCAUUUCCGUGAAGGUAGCACAACAGCUAUGAAGGAAAAUGUUUGGCGUGAACUUGCAGUUUAACUUCUCAAUCUUCAUACUCCAAAGAACUCUAGGCAUGCAGAGAUAGCAGCGCCAGUGCCACGUUUGUAAAAAGAAAAAAAAGAAGAAUCUUGGACAUUAAUGGCAGUGAGAGAGACGUGACAAAAAUGAAAUUCAACAAAUUCUUGCCUGUGACAAGGACUCGUCUAACGCGAAGAAGGGGUUCAGGGAUGCUGGUGCUUGUAUAUUUUUGGACAUUGUUUUCGUUAGCGAGGACCCAGAGCGGGGGUAUUAAUCUGAACCCGGUGUGCGAAAGAACGCUUUCCGAUGGAACCGUAGAAUAUCUUGCUUGUUCAGCUGGCUCAGAGGACCUUUCACUGUUAGACUUGUCGGUCUCUGUAGAUCCUGUCAACUCUACGUGUGGACUCAGUUCUGAUGUGAACAGACUGAUAUACAGUACUUUGGAUUACAAUGUCUUCGUAUGUGAUGCCUCAAAUGCCUCCCUUGCGCACCCUCCGGAGUACAUCAUAGACGAUGAUGACCCAGACUCACCAACAUGGUGGCAGUCCACAUCGUGGUACGACUUCCCGGAGCCUCUGGAAAUCAACGUCACUGUAUCUCUGGACCAUUCUUAUACCCUGGUAGACAGUAUUGAGAUAAUCUUUCAGUCGGCACGACCUCAACAAAUGAUAUUGGAGAAGUCCAACGAUAGAGGUACAACGUGGGAAACGCUCCAAUACUAUUCCAGAGACUGCCUCGAGGACUUCUCCCUUGAUGAUACCAGGGAGUCCGACAUCAAAGAUGUCUCACAGGUCAUCUGCACAUCGGAGUAUAGCGGAAUUUUGCCCUACAGGAAUGCUCCUGUUAAGUAUGACGUGGAGGAACGUUUGGCUCUCUUAUUUUCUGAUGGAGUCUCGCCAGCGCUUCAAGUCGAGGCAUAUCAGAACGAUACCGAAUUCCGUGACCUUUUGACCCUUACAGAUCUGCGUCUGCGGUUGCUGCGUCCUGCCACAGAUGGAUUAGAAUAUCCAGGAUAUUUUUUUUCUCUCAGCAAGUAUUAUUAUGCCAUAUCGAACAUUAAAUCUUUCCUCACGUGCAACUGCAACCAGCAUGGCCGCUUUUGUGCCCCCUCCCCCGAGAGUGGGGAUGUGGUCUGUGAGUGCUUCCACAACACCAUGGGAACAAAUUGUGAACAAUGUCUGCCGCUCUACAACGAUCGUCCAUGGAAGGCAGGAUCCUUUACCCCUUUCCCCACGGGUACACCCAAUGAGUGUCAAAAGUGUACUUGUAACGAUCACGCCGCCAGCUGUAUCUACAAUGACACGCUUGGGUACGGCAUCUGCCAAGACUGCUACAACAACACGGCGGGCGAUUUCUGCGACAUCUGUGUGGAUGGGUUCUUCCGUAACGAGUCUCGUGAUAGGAGUGAUCCUGAUGUUUGCAUUGAGUGUAACUGUGAGCCACUUGGAACUGUUGACAACAAUACAGUCUGUGCUCAGUUUGCUGAUGAUGCAACAGGCUCUCCUAUUGGUCAGUGUCAGUGCAAAGGAAAUGUAACCGGGAGAGCUUGUGACCAAUGCGUGGACAGCUUCUAUGGACUUCUUACGGAGCCUGACCCUGGCAGAUGUAGAGAAUGUGGAUGCAAUGUGCUAGGGACAUUGAAUGCCACAGAGUCCUGUGACCAGACCAGUGGUCAGUGCUUCUGUAAGGCCAACACGGACACCAGGACAUGCGGAGUGUGUAAGGAUCGUUUUUAUGGCUAUCCCACCGAUGCCAACGAAGACUGUUCACCCUGUGACUGUGACCCUGGGGGCGCUAUAUCGUUGACCUGUAACAAGGUGACGGGUCGGUGUGAUUGUCGAGGCUUCACUGGAGGCCGAACUUGUACGAAUGUGGAGAGUGGAUACUAUUUUCCUUAUCUUGAUGUUAAUAGUCACGAUGCUUGGGAGGCCAAUUCAAGCUGCGUCCAUCGAUCUGACUUUCCAUUGGAUGGCUUCUCGGGUCUGGGCUAUCUGGAGUGUGGUGUCGGUGAUAGGAUCCUCUUCACCGGGAUCAGGGUGUAUUCCAACGUUACAGAUAGAUUGUCAAACUAUGUUGUUCUUCGUUACACCUACAUCUCCCAAUCCCCUUGGCUAAUGACCGCCCUGCGCAUCACUGUGGAAGCUACGGAGGACACUGCCCUCUCUUGCCCGUACCCUGAUGGCGAUGUGAUCGCAACCCCUGCCUUCUCCCUGCAGCCUGGCGAGGGUGUGGCAUGGUCUUCGGACGAGUCCUAUGGCUUCCAUCAGGAUUGUUCCUACUCUGCAGCGUUUGAACUGGACAGUGCAGGACUAGGAGCGGAUGCCAUCGUGAUUGACGCUCUUGUUCUCAUUCCUGAUCCAAGUUCUUCUACUGUGUAUCAGAUUGGAGAUCAAGUAGAGAGAGGAUUUUAUGACGACUGCCUUCGAGAUAUUGCAGCCUACUCCAAUCGUUCUCGUGCUCUAGAAGCUUGCCGGCCAUUCACGUACUCGCUCAUGAUGGAAAUUGUUGGAGAGGCACAAAAGUGCAGUUGCAAUUUAGAAGGCUCCCUUCCCCAGACGGUUUGUUCCACCUAUGGAGGGUCUUGCUUGUGUAAGCCAGGGGUCGGAGGUCAAAACUGCGAUAGGUGCCUGCCGGGUUUCUUCAACUUUACCUCCAGCGGUUGUCAAGCUUGCAACUGCGAUCAAGACGGAUCAAUCACCCAGGCUUGUGAUUUCGUCACCGGUCAAUGCCCCUGCAAAUCGGGUGUGGCCUUUGAGGGCCAGAACAGCCACCUUGGCCUUGCCAGCAACCGACGAUGCAGUGCCUGCCAGGAGAACUUCUUUGGGUUCGGUAACCCUGAUGGCUGUGAAGCCUGCGGAUGCCAUCCUCUAGGAUCUGUGGAUCUGCAGUGCAGUGAGGACGGGGUUUGUCGAUGUCUGGAGACGGUCGGAGGGGAGAAGUGUGAUAGCUGCCUGCAAAGCUUCUACAAUCUGACCUCGGAAGGUUGCAGCGCCUGUGAUUGUAACAUGGCAGGCUCCCUCACCUCUGAAUGCAACUCCAUCACCGGGGUCUGCUCGUGCAAGACUAAUGUAGAGGGGUCAAAGUGUGAUGGGUGUCGCCCAGGGUUCUUCAACCUUGGUGAUGCAAACCCAGAUGGAUGCCAGCCAUGCUUCUGCUACGGUCAUGGAGCAAGCUGCAACGCAGCACCUAACUAUGUCCUGGACUUUGUGAGAUCUGACUUUACACAGGGAAGUACCAAUGGAUGGCGACUGUCAGACCCUUCAUCCUUAAACAUCAAUCCUACAAACAUCCGGGUAUCUCACCCGCCCUCCUUGUCCAGUGGGGCGUCCGUUUAUCUGAUCGCCCCCGAGGAAUACCUGGGAUUCAAGCUCAGUUCCUACGGCGGGUCCUUUCGCUUCACCUCCAAGAUAGAAGUCGGAAGCGCAGACCAGUCUUCCAGCAGGUACCUGGUGUUGACGGGCGGACCGCAGAACACCAGCAUCUUCUAUUCCGCGGAGGAGUUUGUCCCGACGGACCAGCCGACAGAAUUUACGGCGAGGUUUUAUGAGGGGAUGUGGAGAACUACAGAGACAGGGAGUGAGGUCACUGUGCUUCAGUUUCAAGAAAUACUGGCUGAUGUUACUAGUAUUCAAGUUCGGGCAUCGUUUGGUCCAGGGACGGUUAGUACAUUCUUUGACAUUUCCAUGGAAACGGCAUCAUCGGUCUCAAGUUCUGACGAUGCGAACAAUGAGUUUGUGACCACUGUAGAACAGUGUGUCUGUGACACUUCUUCAAAUACCAUGGGUCUAUCCUGCAGCAGCUGUUCAAGUGGUACGAAGCGCCUGACUCCGUUUGGGCCCAAAACGGACAUCUGCGUGCCUUGCUUCUGCAACGGCCGUUCCUCGGCGUGCGACCCUGAUUCGGGCGUCUGCAUGGGCUGCCGUUCGGGAACGGUUGGGGAUCUCUGUGAAAGCUGUGCAGAUAAUGUCCAGGAACCGAACUGCGACCAGUGCAUCCCGGACUAUUACGGAUAUGGAACUGAUCUCUUCGGUGGGGCCUGCUCAGCUUGCAGGUGUAACACCACAGGAACGGGAGGGGCCACUCAGUGUGACAACGAGAGCGGCCAAUGCCCCUGUGUCGGCAACUUUGGUGAACAACGUUGUGAUGGAUGUGCCUACAACUACUACAACUAUGACUCUGGUUGCUUGAAAUGUGAUGUGUGUUAUGACGGUAUCGAGACCACUCAUCUCAGAUUGCUGGCAUUGCAGCGGAACCUGUCUCAGUUUGUAUCAGACCUUGAGGAGAGAGACAACUCCUCCAUACCGGAACCCUUCUAUCAGCGACUUCAGGAGACCAACGAUCUUCUGGCUGAUCUCGUGGAUGCUACAAGCUCAACUAUACAGGAAGGUUCCAAUCUACAAAGCACCAUCGCUGCACUCAACAGUGUCAUGGAAGCUUUGAUAUCAACACUAGAUGGCAGUGUUCAGAAUGACAUCAUGUUUGCCCAAGGAAAUGCCACCGCUGCUGAGGAGAAUGCUCAACUUGCCUUAGAAGCCAUUGGCGUGGUGAAUGUCGAUUUAACCGUUGCUUAUGAAACCCUUACAAGUGGUGAUUUCCAAGCUGCCCAGACCAUUCUUGAAGGGCUGAGAGAUGACCUGAUGAGACAGGCCGUCUCAUUGGAGGAGGUUAGGCAACAGACAGCCAAUCAGACGGCUGCAUUGGAACAGGAUGUGGCGCGUAUCAGGGAAUUGACCCAAGAGACGAUUCAAGCAGCAGAUAUGCUGCUAGAGACUGCCCAAACAGCUCAGGUUAUUCAUGACAAUACGACCUCAAGGACAGCCACAGAGGUCACCCAUGCCAACAGCGUUGCAACCCUUGCCGAAGAAACCCUCGAAGACGCUGAAGAGUUGCUUGGAAGAGCUCAAGAUCUUGACGACUCUGCCAAGCAGACGGUGGUCGAUGUGGAAGCGGCACGCACGUCUGUGGAUGAUGACAGGAUCGAUCUUCUGAUGACGGAUGCCACUGUGAAGACAGGUCAAGCAGUGUCUCUGACAGUUCAGGCCGAUUCCAAGUUAUCUGAUGCCCAGAGCACCAUCACCACCAUCGAGGAGGCCCGCAUCACUACGGAGAACACUCAGAUAGAAGUAGACGCCACGGUUGCUGAAGUCAUGGACAGGUAUGACAGAGCUGCAGAAGCUAACCGUGACUCUUCUGACUCUGUUAGGCUCUCUCAAGAUACUUUCAAUGCUGCUGAAGAAAUGCUUGUCAUCUCUUUGAAUUUUGAUGCCCAGGCAAAUGUUGCACAGUCUGAGGCUUUCACUGCAGUAGAGCAGAUUCCGGAGAUAAAUCGGAUUGCUAAUGAGAACUUGGCAGAGUCGGGGCAGUUGAGGGCUCAGGUCAGUGGGGUAGGAAGUACAGCAAGUGAAGGGUCAAGGGUCGCCGCGGAAGCAUUCACUGUUGUGAACAAUGAAGGACAGACUGUCCUGCCAAUCAAUGAGAGAGCGGAACAGCUCUACACGGAGGCAGCGAACCAGCUGACAGACACGGACCAGAUUACAGAGUCCUUGAACCAGCUAUACCAGGACCAGAUCGAGCCUUCACUCCAAGCAUGUGAUGCAUUCCAACCUGACAUUGAUGGUCUAGAGGCAUCGUAUGAUCAAGUUUCAGCCAAAGCUGAGGAAUCGGCCAUGUCCACUUCUGCCAAUCAGGGAAGACUUGAAGCACUCCUGCAGGAUGUCGCAAACAUCGAGCAGGUGGAUACCAGCCAGUUACCGGCUCUCCAGGCAAGGCUCCGAGACUCCAGGGAGCUCUUCUCCAUGCGGGACUACGCUGCAAUUGUCGCGGCACUUCAGCAGGGACUUGCCCAGCAAGGAGCAUGGCUAGAAGAUACGAGAACUGUGAUUUCAGAACUUCAAGCACAGAUUGACUCCUUGGAGAGUUUCAAUGUCAAUCCGUAGACGCACAUUUUAUGCUGUCGAUAAUGCUUCCACUCCUUCUCCUCGCCAUGGUGUUUUGAUAUGGCGGGGUUUCCUUUCGUCAGGUAAAAACAAUCAUGUAUUGACUUUCAUGCCAUGAUUUUAGCCUUGUCAUAUUCAAAAUAGAUCAUGUGGUGUAGUAUUUAUAUUUUUAUCCAAAACCCAUGUAGGUAUGUGCCACACGGGCCAAUAUCUUAAUCUUAAGAAUGAGGUAUUUUGGUUAAUAAUACGGCUGUGGAGGGGGAGUUCUUAAUUUAUUCAUAAUUAUUCAGAUGUUAAUCUUUUACCCUGUAGGACUUUAAAAAAAUAUUUUCUUUCUAAAUGAAAAUGUCACUUUCCUAUGUGCUUUAUUUUGGUGGUUUUUUUGUGUUUUGUUAUAGGAAAUGUAAUAUUUUUUUAAAGGCUAUAUCCAUGUGCUCCUGAGCCAGAUUACCAACUUGUUUUUCAUGGCACCAUUUUCAAAAAUAUCGCUUGAUCAAAUCCAUUAAAAAAAAAAUAAGUUGCAGUUUUAAAUUGAAUCUAUUUAACCUUAUGAAUAGCGUUCAUUUAGUUUCCUUUUCUCUUGUCUGUGUCAUAAUUUCCUCUGGUGACUAUAGAGCAGAUUCUUUUUUCUGUGAUGGAAUUAUUUCCAACUUUUAAAUUGCUGUGUAGAUGCAUAUGUAUUUUCUAGUGUAAAGAAAUUGUUUGUUUUGCCAAUAUUCUUGCAAUGUUUGUGUACAUUUAAGUGUUUACCAUACAUGUAUGUAAAGAGAUAUUUCAGAGAGCAUGGGGCAUGGUUCAUGGAUAUAUUUACAGAUGAACAUGCAUAUUCAACCAGCGUUGCAUCUGAAUACUUCCUAGUCUAUUUGAAAAUGAAAAAAAAAUGAGCAUCUGGCUAAAGGAUGCAUAGAGCUUAAAUCUUUUAUAUACGUUUUAUUAUGGAAAUAGAUUUUACAUUUAUUAUGUGUAAGUAUAAUGAUGAAUGCUCCAAAUGUUGGAAUAUUAUACGGUAUCUGGGCUUGCAUUUACUGUGUGUGCUACACAUUUUAUUUCAAUGUUUUGUUUUGUUGUGUUGGAUUGGUUCUUUGCUUUGCUGAGUUCAGCAGUUUUAUUAUUCAAAUCAAAGGGAAAAUAAGAUACCUCAUAGGGUGCGCUGUAUUUAUUAGCAUUUGCAAAGUCACAAUGUAUUGUUCCUGCUUACCGAUUCUGUUUUUAUUGUUAUUUUCUAAUUGAUUUUGUGUGUGUCUACAUCUGCUUCAGUACCUGUAGUAUGUAUGCAGAAAAAGAAGCACCAUACAUCAGUCUGAAGUGAAUGUUACAUGAAUAAUGUAAAUAUUAAAUUAUUGUAUUCCAGAGUUAACUACAGGAUGCCUCACCUAGAAGCUUAUACAUGCGACUUCAGAUGAGUUCGGAUUCACCAAAUAUUUUGACUCGUGCUGCAGAUGCUAGUAAAUAUUUUGUUUUCAACAUCAAAAGCUAUUGUUUUGCAAUGGAAAAUAUAUAUAUUCACAAAUUUAUGUAGGAGCCAUAUGCAAAUCAAUUACUUCAACUGUGUCAACUGUUAUGGAAAAAAAAUGGAUUCACAAGAAAUUUUUACCAGGAUAAAAAUUUCUUUGCAAUAACAAACAAUAGUUUGUGACAGUGAAUACUGUUUUCAAACUUUCUUUCGACCUUUAAUCUUUAAAAAGUCUAAGCAAAAUCGUUAAUUACUCUGUAUGCAAGCAUUUGCCGCUUGGUGAGACAUCCUUUUUAUUAAUGAUUGUAGUGAUCAUGGUUUGAUGAGUAUAUGAAAUUUUAUAAUAUGUCUUGAUAUACAUGUAACUAGUCUUGUCAUGAAUUCCAAGGGCUUCUUGCCUGCUGGUUGGUACAUUCCAUAUUUAGACUGUCAUUAGUCCUUUAAACUCUAUACAGAUCCCAGUAUUGCUGAUUGUAAUAAUGCCAUAAAUAAUUUUGCAAUAAAGUUGUGCUAAAUUGUAGAGAAGUAUUGAACAUAUACAUGUAUAUGCAAACAGGUUGAGCUUUGAUAAGUAUUGAAAUACAUGGAAUAGUACUGUUAAAUAGUCAUUUUUUUAAAACCUGAAAGGGUUUAUUGAAAGAUCUAACUGAUUUCUCUUUUCUUCCUUGAAGGUGACCAUUAAAGAUGGCGCAUAUCUAUAUUAAUUUUAAGUCUAUAAUUUUCAUAUCAAUAUUUUUCCCUAUUUUCAUUUUUGAAAUUCUAUAUCCCCUAUCAAACAGUUACUAUGACGUAAAUAUUACUUAAGCAUUGCAUAUAUUUGGUAUAAUAUAAAUAUAUGCUGGCUGAUUUGAGAAAACUAUUAUAUGUAAUAUAAGAUGUCUUUCACUUAGUAAAAAGCUGAAGUUCCUGAUUAUUAAAUGAUAUGAUAUAUUAGAUUGUAUAGAUUUUCUCUUAGUUUUUGUAUUACUUUAAUGAAACGAUGCAUGCAUUUAAUAGCAAAAAGUAUUUGAAUAUUCUUAACAUUAAUUAUUGACUUGAAAUUUUGUCCAAUUGCAAUGAAGUUUUUUGCCAUAAAUUGAUGUGAAUUGUAGCGAUAUCAGACUUACUUAUGACAGUAAUACACAUAUGCAGUCUUAAACUGCAAGCCAAUUAAUAAAAAAUUGACUGCAAUGAAUUAUACAUAAACUGAAUUAAUUAAAGUAUAGGUGCUAACUUUCAUUAUGAUUGAAUAUCAAUGAAGUUUUUUUUUUUCUGAUACUACUCAUGUCCUCAUAUAGCUUGAUUGAAUUGCAGUCUCAUGGUUGGGAACAUUAUGUAAUCUUCUAUAUAGUUGUAGAUAUGCUGCAUGUAUAUUACGAACAAUAAUUGUUUGUUGUUAUUCACUCUUUGCUUCUAAUUAAGACAUCUGAAUAUGAAUGUGAUAUAGCAUACAUAAUCUGGAAAUGUCUUGAAAUAGUCAUGUUCAAACUACAAUUGGUCACCUUUAGUAAAACAAAUGAGAUAUUGAACUCAAACAAUUAGAAAGCACAUAUCGCACUUUAUUUGUUAAUUUUAAUUAUUUGGAGGGACAGUUUGUGUGUGUGCAUGUGUGUGUUUCAUUCCUAAACUCUCACCUUGAAUAUAUCGUGUUUCAUUAAAUAUCAAAUAGCUCAUAUUAUGUCAAAGAUAUAUAGUUUGAAAUAUGUUUUAUGAAAAUAUGAAGGUAAAAUGUUUGUAUGUAUUCAGAUUUGUCAUUGGCCACCUAUCUGUAUAGCAAAAUCUUUGUAGUGACCACCAAAAUCUGUCUCCCAAUUGAAAGGAAUGUGACUGUGUUAUUGAACCUGUCUAUAUGGGCCAACUGUCUCCAGUGGCCACUUUCUGUUGCCCCUCGGAUGGCCUUUAUAGACAGAUUUUACUAUACCCUGUAUGUGGUUUGACUAAAUUUGAUGGAAAAAUAUUUGUGAUCGCUUAUGUACAUUUCAUGAAUCUAAACAAAUACAAUUAUCCUCUGAAUAUGUGCAUGAUAUAGGCUAUAACUAGCAGUCUACUGAAAUGAGAUUUUUUAUAGGUCUGAAAUUUGCAGAAGUUAGAUCGUCUUCCUAUAUAACGACACUUAUUCCGGUUUUGUAAUUAUGAACACAACAAUACAUGUAUCUAAUGGGGAUUUCUUUACGGUGUAUGAUCACCUUGAAUAAGAUUUCAAUUAAAAAAAGAUUGUGAUAUAAAAAUA